AUGGAUAGCGAAGCCGAGAAAAAAGAGGCCGAAUAUGCAAGAUAUCUGGCUCGAGCGUCUGAAGAUGAAACAUCUGUAUCUCCUGAUGAAGAAAGUGAUGAUAUGGAUAGCGGAGCCGAGGGAAAAGAGGCCGACUAUGCAAGAGACCAGGCUGAAGCGUCUGAAGCGUCUGAAGAUAAAAUAUCUGUACUCUCUGAUGAAGAAAGAGAAGAAGAAUAUUUGGGAGAUAACUCACCAACUCGGCGUGUGGAUGAUCCGGCAUUCGGACAAGGAUUUAGCUGGACAUGUUGCCGCAAGACGGGAAAUGCAGUUGGAUGUGAGGUAUCAUCUCACCGGCCUAAGUUAGAGGAUUCGUCAAACAAGAGGACCAAAGUCUGA